GAGUACGGAGUACCGCCCUCCAUACAUGCAAUCUUCUUAUCACGAGCCUUUUGUCCUUUACGCCACGAUACCACCCACCAUCCUUACUGCCUGUUUCGGAUGCCGAGCGUCUCUACUCAUCUCCGCCUUUGACGUUUUGCCAAGAACACCCCCGAAAUACUGCUCAAAGCCCCUGUACGAAGGAGUCUGUCUCCUUCCUUCUCUUAGCCAGCAAGAGAUGCGGCGCCUCUGUGUUCGCGAGGUCGCAGUGCUGCCUAGUGGAUCUGCUGGUUGGUUGGUCGCCAAAAGAAGCCUAAAUGAAUACCUUCGACUCGGCUUGGUGGGGUCGACUUAGUCGAGUGGACCAACGUCGUCUUCACGCAGCCCGUCGGUCUCGUUUCGCCGACGACGCGUACGAAUACAUGGACAGAGCCGGAUACUCUUACAUGGAAUGGUGAAUGCGCUUCUGCUCAACGGACCAUUGCUCCUGAGAGAAGCCGUCACCUCUCUCGCUCUCGGUACAUACAUCCUCGACGUCUCUCUCGCAACAUUGAAAAAGGCAUCAAGUCUGGCUACAUCGUGUGUGGGCGACGGAUGGUCGGUUCCCUUGCGCUAUGGUCCAUCUUGCAACACUGAUCUGCGGCUGCACUGCCAAUGGUUGACA